AUGGCCAAGGGGGUGUCUCCCGCACCGCUCCAGGAUGCAUCGACCAUCGACUUCGUUCCCAGCUGGAACCGGCCGGACGUCAUCGUGGCUUCGUACAACGUGCUGGCGCAGGCGCUGGUGCGGAGGAACAUCUUUGAUUACGCCUCCAAGGCGGCGCUCAAGUGGAAGUCGCGGCGGAAGCGGCUGAUGGAGGAGCUGGUGGAGCUGAGCGCGAGCGAGACGACACCGGCGGCAGACACCAUCUUCUGCUUCCAGGAGAUGGACCACUACGACGACUUUUGGGCCGCCGCCCUCCAUGAUGAGCUUGGCCUUGUCUCCGAGUACAUGCCCAAGCCGGGCAAGGCCGACGGCUCGGCCAUCGCCUUCCACCCGGACCGCUGGAACCUUGUUGAGCGCAUCGACAUCUCGUUUGACGAUCUUGCCGAGGUCAUGCGCGCAGAAGUCGAGGCCUCGGGCCAGAUCGACGCCACCGAGGCUGCCGCCUUUGAGGCCGAGGUUCUCACCCGUCACAACGUCGGCCUCAUCGUCGUCCUUGAGCACUCCUCGCGUCCGGACGCCAAGCUUAUCGUCUACACCGGUCACUUGUUCUGGAACCCGCGCUAUCCGUUCAUCAAGCUCGUCCAAGUUGACUACCUUCUCGCUGCCCUUGACGCCGUCGCCGCCCGCUACCCGCCCGACUACACUGUUGUUCUCGCUGGUGACUUUAACCUCACGCCCGACAACACUGUCUUCCGCCUAAUGGUCGAGCCCGACGCGGCCCAGCUCAUCGACACCAUUCCUGGCCGCGCCUUUAUGCCGCCUGCGGACCACUUUUCGCCGCGGGCGGCGUCGCUCAACGUUAUCAAGUCGAUUACCCUCAAUGAGAUGGCGGCGUCCGGCGCAGACAUCCCGCCGCCCGAGGAGCUGCAUCCCACCGCAGACGUGCCGCUCCACGUUCGCGACCACCGUGAGCGCAAGGCGCCUGAGCUUCUUAAGAGCCUCGCUGCCUGCCCGCGCCUUGUCGCCCCGUACGGCGCAUACUGCCAGGCGUACAAGGCUGCGACCGGGCGCUGCCCCGUCACAGACUACGCCACGCCCGACCUGCGCAUCCCGACCAGCUCAUUCCCGCUCUACACCACCUUUUGCGGCGACCUCAACCUCUGCCUCGAUCACAUCCUGCUUUGGCGCCCGCCGUCGCACGGACAAGGCAGCCCGCGCCUCUGCCCGACCCAUCUCCUGGCCAUUCCGACUGUCGUCGCCCUCAACAGCCAGACUGGCCUCCCCAACGAUGAGCGCGGCUCUGACCACGUCCCAAUCGCUGUUGGCUUCUCCACCACGCCUUGCACCUGUGGUGCGGCGUAUGCAGCUCCGCCGCCGCUGGCCCGCGCCUAA